CAUCCUCCAUUGCUGACUGGCUGCACAAGGCUGACCGGACAGGUGCAACAGCGUUUUCAAGCAGCAGGAAGUAUCCGAGGAGGAAGAAAUAGGCUGAAGCUGGGAUGUCGUCUGUGUACAUCAAAGGAGGAGAGUGGAGAUGACAGUACUGGCCAGUGGCGGUGAAUUAAGCGUCUUGCAGAGCAACAGAGUCUCCUGACCGUGGCCAUUACUAGCGUGUUACCAUGGAGAUAGUGGUAGCUAAGAUCCUGUGCCUGCUGGGUGUGUUUGCGCUCAUGCUCGGGGGCAUCCUGGUGCCCGUGAGGGUGAUGCGAGUGGACAGCGAGAAGGCCCAGCGGUACCGGAGAGCCGUGGCCUUUAGCAACGCCUUCGGAGGCGGAGUCUUCCUGGCCACCUGCUUCAACGCUCUGCUGCCGGCGGUCAGGGAGAAGGUGGAGGAGGUGCUGAAGGCGGUGAAGGUCAGCACGGACUACCCUCUGGCCGAGACCAUGAUGAUGCUCGGCUUCUUCCUCACCGUGUUCGUGGAGCAGGCUGUUCUGACCUUCCGGAAGGAGCGGCCGUCUUUCAUCGACCUGGAGACGUUCAACGCGGGCGGCUCAGAGGCCGGCAGCGACUCGGAGUACGACACGCCCUUCAUCGCGCCGCCCCGCGGGGGGGCAGCGCCGGGGCACGGGCACCACGGGCACUUCAGUCCGGCCGAGCUGGCCCGCGCCGGCCCUCUGCGCCUCGCCAGCCUGGUCCUGGCGCUCUCCGCCCACUCCGUGUUCGAGGGGCUCGCGCUGGGCCUUCAGGAGGACGGCGCCAAGCUGGGCAGCCUCUUCAUCGGCGUGGCCGUCCACGAGACGCUGGCAGCGGUGGCGCUCGGGGUCAGCGUGGCCAAGGCCGGGCUGCCCAUGCGGGACGCCACCAAGCUGGCGGUGACGGUGAGCCUGAUGAUCCCGGUGGGCAUCGGACUGGGCAUGGGCAUCGAGACGGCGCAGAACCUGGCGGGCAGCAUCGUGUCGGUGGUGCUGCAGGGCAUGGCGGCCGGGACCUUCCUCUUCAUCACCUUCUUCGAGAUCCUGUCGCGCGAGCUGGAGGACAAACACGACCGGCUGCUCAAGGUGCUCUUCCUCAUCCUGGGCUACGGCAUCCUGGCAGGCCUCGUCUUCAUCAAGUGGUGACACACACACACACACACCAGCACAUCCAAAGGAAAUACUUGUUGGUGUUACCGCAAGGCAGCUGGCCUCUUUAAAUUAACCAAGGACGGAGUGAGGCGGUCAGAGAGGAGAUUUAACCCCUAUGACCCCUAUGACCCCCCUUGCCUGCUGUGUCUGCUCCAGUAUGAAGUUCGCCUAAUGAUGUCUCAUGAAGGAAGCCAUGUCACACACUAUCCUCUCUUUUCGCUCUUUUCUAACAUGCUGUUUGUUUACAAAAGUCAAACACUAAAACCCUUGCAGGAGAACUCUACAGGAACCCUUGCAGGAGAGGGCAUAUCUGAGAAGAACUCUACAGGAGAACUCUACAGGAACCCUUGCAGGAGAGGGCAUAUCUGAGAAGAACUCUACAGGAGAACUCUACAGGAACCCUUGCAGGAGAGGUAAAAAAAACUCUGCAGGAACCCUUGCAGGAGAGGGCACAUCUAAGAAGAACUCUGCAGGUGUCUGGAGUACAUAACUGGCACAUAACGUGCAUUCAUGUGUGGGCCUGUAAAGAAGCAUUUAUGAGAUGGUCGAUGGUCUACUGUUGCAGAGCACUAGAACUCUAGCAUAGGGAGAAGUGUAAUAGCCAUCUUUUAGCAUACUGUGCACUGUUAUUGAUGUAUGUUGGCAUUAUUUACCAGUAGAUGUUUUGUUUAAAAAUGUGGAUAAUCUACAGUACUGUCCUAAUGUGUUGCUCAGAUUACAGCAGAAAAGUUAGUUCAUCAAUAAUCUUUCAGAUAUGAUUGGAAGUGCCUAUUAGCAGGAAAGCACACUAAAUUAUUUAUCUGCCAGAAAACUCAACUUGAACCGCAGGAAUCGAUUGGUAACUUUGCAAUCUGUUACAAUCAAUCUGCUGCGUCUCAGGUCACGCCUUUUACUAUUAAAUGUGACUGAAGGGGUUCCGUUACUUGAGCUACAGCUCUCUGUAAUACACUGUUAAUGAAAGCCAGUCACACUGUCAAAGCUCCCUGCUAUGUAUGUAUGUAUAGGGGAAUGUCUGCUUUGGUUUUUAAAGUGUAUUGUGCCGUGUUAAUAUAGAGUUAUGUGGAGUUUAUAAGGAUAUAUAAAUGCUGUACGCUGGCUAGAGUUUCUAUAAGGAUAUAGAAUGCUGUAUAAGGAUAUAGAAUGCUGUAUAUAUAGAAUGCUGUAUAAGGAUAUAGAAUGCUGUAUAAGGAUAUAGAAUGCUGCAUAAUGCCAGUGCCAGUAGAUCCAGCUCGUCUGCAGAGGUCCCCUUACAUAACCACGUAGUGGCAGGAGCCUCUAGUUAAAGUUGUUCACUUUGAAAGUGACAGAAGACUACAAAGGAUAAUUUCUGAUCCUUGAUCAUAAAAAUAUGACACAUUUGUGUAACUUUAUUAUUUUUGUAAGUGAGCACAUUGUACGAUUAUUUGGGCUUUUAUGUUGUUUGAUCAGCUUUGUUUUGAUUGACUCCACUGUAUGUCUGCUAUCCAGGACUGUUUCAGGAAAAUAGGGAUCUUUAGUUACUUCUCAUUGCUAUUGUUACUUUUAAUAGUUAAAUGUCAGUUUUGUCUUACAGUAAGCCUGUGGAUCAGUUGAUCCAUGUUUUGCCACCCAACUCUACUCAAUCCCACGGCCUAUACCACUGUACCCAGGGCCUAUACAGUGUCAGAGAUGGGAUUCCUUCCUUUAUUCCUUUAUUUACAGAGAAAUUAAAUUAUAAUUUAACUGUUACAAAGUGUAAAUCAACCAAAUAUUUAAGGUUUGAAGAAUAUUAUUUGAAGGAUGUCUUAGUUUAGUUAUAUUUUAAAAGUCAUAUUUUAUAUCCAACUGGGUUCAUAAAUGAAGUGUAAAGUAUUAUAAUUAUUGUCUGUAUACAUAAAUAAAAUAUUAAUUGUAUUCCA